AGAUUGGCUCGCGAAUCACAACAAUUUCAGACUCAGUCGUCUCCUAGCGGUCGACAGGAGUACACGUCCCGCCAAGCGAAAAUAAACCCCGUAUCAGUUAUGCAGUGAACGUUACACGAAUCAGUGAUACGUAUAAAAUACACGCUUGUUAUUUAUACACGAAACGACGGUGUCCAGCCAAGAUGCCGCUUCAGAUAAGACGGAACGGUUGCAUCUCGUUCCUCCGGGAGAACCUCCUCACCAUCCUCACAGUCAUCGGAGUACUGUCCGGGACGUUAUUAGGCUGGACUUUGAGAGCGUCCGGGUACCAGUGGACCCGGCGUGAUGUCAUGUACUUCCAGUACCCUGGGGAACUGUUUCUGAGGAUGCUGAAGUGCCUCAUAGUGCCCCUUCUGGUCUCUUCGAUCGUGUCCGCGAUCGGAUCGCUGGAUCUCAGCUUAUCUGGCAAGGUCGGUCUCCGGGCCAUCAUCUACUACAUGACGACGACCAUCUGCGCAGUCAUGCUGGGCAUCGCUCUAGUCACGACCAUCAAGCCCGGGAAGAUGUCCUCCGACUCCUUCGACGGGAACGUGACCACGCAGAAAGUUGUGACCAAAGACACGCUCACUUCUGACACACUGCUGGAUUUAAUAAGAAACGUGUUCCCAGAGAACAUCGCCCAGGCGACGAUAGAGUCAUACCGAACGAAGCUGUCUUAUGAUCCCAACGACAACAGAACUGUUAAAGGACACAUAGAGACGUACAAAAUCGAGGGUAGUUACCAGAAGGGCAGCAAUGUGCUGGGACUGGUCUGCUUCAGCGUGGUCCUCGGCAUCACCCUCGGCAAGAUGGGCGAGCAGAGUCGGCCGCUGCAGAACUUCUUCCACUCGCUCUCGGAAGCUAUGAUGAUUAUCACUGGAUGGGUUAUUUGGCUAUCACCACUGGGAGUGUUCUUCUUAGUCACGGCGAAGAUUAUGGAGAUACCGUCGUUUUCAGAGUUGGUCGGUCGGCUGGGAAUGUACUUUAUGACUGUACUGCUGGGGCUGUUCCUCCAUGGUUUCGGGACAUUGAGCGUGCUGUUUAUAUUGGCCACUAAGAAACUACCGUGUAGGUAUAUCGCCAAGAUGGGACAGGUCAUGGCCACAGCUUUUGGUACGGCAUCCAGUUCCGCGACAAUGCCCAUCACGAUCGGUUGCUGUGACGACAUGGGCCUGGACCCGCGCAUCACCCGCUUCGUCAUCCCCAUCGGCGCCACCAUCAACAUGGACGGAACUGCUCUGUACGAAGCUGUGGCGGCCAUUUUUAUCGCUCAGCUGAGAAAGGUCGACAUGUCUUUUGGCAAGAUUGUAGCUGUGAGUGUAACCGCGACCGCAGCCAGCAUAGGUGCGGCGGGCAUCCCGCAGGCGGGACUGGUCACCAUGGUGAUGGUGCUGGACACCGUCAACCUGCCCGCAGAGGACGUCUCCAUCAUCCUGGCGGUCGACUGGUUACUUGAUCGAUUCCGCACAACAAUCAACGUGGUUUGCGACGCGUUGGGCGCCAUAAUUGUCGCGUCCCUGUCACAAGGUGACAUAGAGAAGUCCCGCGCGAUACAAAACGACCGCGAGCACGCCACCAGUCACGAACUGACCGAACUAGAGAAGGGCGAGCGUUGAACGAAUUUAUACCGGUUCUUUAUACCGGUUACUAUCAUGUAACGGUUACGCUCUGUGUUCAAUAACGUUACUCCGUGUCAGGACUAUAAAAUAAUGAUAUAGUAAAUUUUGUUGUGAUUAAUUUAUUGCAUUGUUAUUUGUUACAUCUUUUUUGUGUGGGUACUAUCAAUAUACAAUUCAAGAUAUGAACUUUAGUGAUGUGCAUUAAAAAUUUACGUGGCAUUCGUUUUUCAGCGCAAAUAGAGAGGUUAAUUCAACAUUUUAAUCUCAUGAAUUCCGUUACUAUUUAAGAUUGAAUUUGAAGUCUAUUUAAAAAGUAAUUUUUAUAUUGAUAGUAGCCCUAAUGUUUGGGUUAUGACGUUUGUAUGUUAAUCUACAACUACUUACUCAUUAAACAGUAUUGUUUUGUUGAAAUAUUAUUUAAUUUUUAAAUUGAACAGUAUAUUUUUGCGUAUCAAUGGUAUAAUAUCAGUUGGUAUUGCCAUAUCAAAAUAUACAUAUUGACAUAAAUUGAUACAUAUAAUAGUUUGUGUAAUAUAUUAAGUAUAUUUUUAUUUAUAUUAGUCUUAGUAAAAGUAAAUGUCUGUGUGUUCGUAAUGUGCCAUAUCCAUAAUAAAAUUCAUAGUAGGUGACCUUUUAAUCGCGUGUAUAAAAUCUAUUCGAUGGUUUUUCGAAACAAAUUCAUGAAACUAUUUUUGAGGCAAUCUUUUGACUAUAUGACACAUGGAGACAAUUUGGACCACAUACACUAUUGUGUCGAAUUUUCAUAAAUAUAAAUAUUAGUCAAUAAUAUAAAUUAGCUGAUACAGUCACUUGUGGACAAUAUUAAGCAGUUCAUACAAUGCUAUAUUCUAAGAGCCGUAUACUAGUAGUACUAUAUCGAUAUGGAACGUAUACAAAAUACAACAAAAAGCCAAUCAUCUAUUUUUGUAUGAAUGUAUUGCGAUAUGAUUCUAUACAACUAACUGUGUAUUGUGUGUAGUUCAUUGUUAUUAUAGUACAUGUUAGAUUUCAUAAACUAUGGGCCACACUAUCUUGAACAACUUAAUAAAUAAUUAAUUUAAAUUUAAAAGUAAAUUAAUAAUUGGUAUAAAAGUUCAAUCACCAGGAGCUCUAUGUCAGAAUUUGUUCAGCGAAGUUAUACCACAUACUUAUUUCUGUUUUUAUGGGAUAGUAUGUAGAAAUACUAUCACUUUAGAGCACAUUAAGAAGGAAAGAAUACCUGUGUCACCAGGUAGAGGGAAUUUGUUGGGUAUGUUCCUAACAAGUGCGCCCUUUAUUGUGAUUUUAUGCUGUAGGUGAUGGUUAAUUUUUGAUAAAUAAUAAAAUACACUAUCUAUGCGUUUUAAACACAUUGAAAAACACUGUUUUAUAAUCAUAAAUCAAAAGUGUUAGAUUUUCAUAUUUUUAUUAUUAUUUUUUUCAAGUAACUGUGAUAAGUUAUCGAUUUCAGUAGCCCGGUUCAUAGCUCAUUCAAAGUGCUCAUUCGAUAGUGUGGUUCCAAAGUAAAAAAUGAUGUGCCAUAAUAUAAGCGUGUGUUAAAUAGGGUUUUAGUGAUCAGUCCAUUGCAUUCCAAUUAUUAAUUUUUGAAUAAAUAUUUAUUUUAUUCGAACAUCACAGAGUGGUUUCUUGAAAAUUUUAUUAUGUUACGAAUCGUUGUAAACGAUUCGAAAAAUUGUAUAGAAUACAUUUGUUUUGGAGUAAAUUAUAAAAAUAUAUAAUGUAAUUAUUUAGUCUUUGCAACAAGACCGUUGAACAUGGCCAAAUAUUAGUAUUAAGAUGAAUGUUUAGUGUACAAAGAGAGUUCUCUUAUUGUCGAGGUUUUAUUGUUUAAUGUAUUACGAUAAUAUAUUGUAAUUUGUAAUUAGAUAGUUUUAGACAAUAAGCUCGACACUUAUUUAUUUAUUAUAAAGAAACUUUGAAGAAUAUUUUUUUUAUUGUUUCUUUGAUUUCUGUAUACAAUAUACCAACUUAUAUUUUUGUGUUCGACUUUUAGUGUUGUCAAUAUUGUAUGAGUUAUUUAUCUAAUUUACAUUGAGUACAAAGCUUAAUCAAUAGAUUUUAUAUCGAUUGUAAUUUUAUCUGUUUGUCUAUCUGUUUGAUUGUUUCUUAAAUGUUAUUUUAAUAAAUACUU